UCGCCCAUUAUCGGUCUUCCGCUCCCCUUAAACGGCAUGGCGAACUUCGAGCAUGCUGAAGACGACCCAAAACAUGUGAAAAUGUCUGGUGAAACCCCCGCCGCCUGCGACCAAGUCCAACCGGCCGAGCUGUCCUCCGUACCGGGCAGAGAUGCGGGUGCGGUCCCGUGCUCUAUCCCGUCUUUCGCCGCCGCCUCCGAACUGCUGUCAGCUCCGUACUCGUGUCUGGUCAUGAACACGCAUCGGAGACACAUCGCCUUACCGCCCGUAUACCUGAACAAGAAGAGGACAGGUAUACAGACGGAGCUGGAGGCCGAGCUACUCAAGUUCUCCCAGAGUCUGAAAGGAGUGCCUUUAGCUUAUGACAACAUCAGGAUAGUGGGCCAGCACGGAAACAUCUACGACGACAGCGGCUACAUCCACAUGGACGUAGAGGCCAACUUUAUCCUGUUUCAGCCCAAAAAAGGACAAAAACUGCUGGGUAAAGUGAAUAAGUUAGGAGUAAGCCACGUGGGCUGCCUGGUGCACGGCUGUUUCAAUGCCAGCAUCCCCAAACCAAACCUGGUCUCUGUGGAAACCUGGAGGGACGCGGGGCCGAGGAUCGGAGCAGAGCUGGAGUUUGAGGUGACCGCACUGGAUGCAGAUGCCGCAGGGGUGCUGCUGAUCAGAGGUCGACUGGACAGGACCAGGGUCCAAGAGCUGAUGGCUAUGGGUGAGAGCUCAGAAUCGAGCGUCCCUGCAGAGCAGAUAGAUGGAGCAGAGCCGAACCCAGAAACCACAGAGGAGUCUCCUGGCGACACCCCUAAGAAAAAGAAGAAAAAGAAGAAAGACAAAAUCAAAGAGGAGGAGAGAGAAGACGAGGUAAUGCCCUCCUGCCAACAGAACAGUAGCACAACCCCAGAGCUGAACGGAACGACGGAUGAGGCAAACGGCAACGAAGCUGGUGAGGAGAAGAAGAAGAAGAAGAAAAAGAAGAAGGAGAAAGGCGUGAAAGAAGAGCAGGAGGAGGUCGAGCUCUCUCCCAUGGAGGUCCACGGGAGCGACUCGAGCGGCUACGUCAGCGACAAGCCAAGCAAAAAGAGGAAACAUGAAACUGGUAGCGAUGUCACAUCUGGUUUUAGUGAAGAUCCUGAACCACCAAAAUCCAAGAAGAAGAGGAAAAGCAACAUUGAGCAGUUUGCCUGAAAAACGGAUCGUAUUCUGUUUGGAAAUCAGGUGAAUUGUGGAGAAUAAUUGAGGAGAUACCUACCAUGUUUAUGACAGGGAAAUACACUGACGUGCCUUAAAGAUUAAACACAAUUUUUAGCAAGCGUGUUGGUUAAGCUCCUCUUAAAUCAUUUACAACAGAGGGCCAGGCAGUAGCAGCCUUUCUGCAGUCUCAUUUUGUAGCUUGUGCAAAAUCACAUCAGAUGCAGACUUGACUCGUUAGUCCUUACUGGAUUGCAAUUCCGUUACACUACCUGAUGGGGGCGCAAAACAGCUUCAUACAUCUGCACUCAGACACAAAAAUACAAGAGUGAAACCUUGUCAGCCUCUGGCUGUGAGUGGAGCAAGGGCAGGUUUUUUCCUUAGAGUUGUGGAGCCAAAUGGGACAAAAGAAACAACAGAGACUGCCAAACCCAGUUCAAAAAAUGUGUUCUUUUGCCUCUUGUACCUCUGUGAAGUCUUUAAAAGGAAUGUCUUUGUAAAAGCAGCAAGGACAGGGUUAUUUUUUACCACCUCAUAUUCACAAUAUUCAGUCAGUAUAACAGUAUGCAUCAUACACUGCAAUGAUAAAUUGUGUGUAGUUUUGUACUGACUUCCUCUAGUGUUGUGUGGACAGUUAUCACGGGAAGUUGUGUUGUCUUUUUUGGACUGUGAACCAAAAAGAAAUAGAAAUUAAAUCAGUUUUCCUCCCAAUUAAAGAUCUCUAUAUUUUGA